CGGAUGGGUGAUAUUAAAUUAUUGUACUAGUUUCUUUUUAUAUUUGCAUGUGAUUUACUUAACAGAUUUUUGUUAUUAGAAUACCUUUUUCGAUAAAAUCACUGUAUCCCCUUUCUAAUAAAUGAGUUAGAAAGGGCGAAACAAAAAUAUCAAAUGCUGUAAAAAAUGUUUACCACUCCAGUUGAAGCGCCCCCGUUUCAAACCACACCAUGGCUCAAAUGAAGAUUGGAUUAAAACGAGCGUAUACGGCUAGCAUGGAGGACUGCAGGAAGAGACAUCAGACAGGCACUAAAGUUUCGAAAAUUGCCCACUUAUUUCAAGGUAUGCCGUCGAGGGACGAGGAAGACAUGCGCGGCGCCGAGAUGACGGUCGUCCGGACCGAGAGCCAUCUGUCGCGGUUCAAUACCGCGCGAGCUCUUUUUGAAAAACUGGGCGAAGAGAAUCGCGGCUUUCGCAUCGAGAAAUCGCCAUCGGCCGCAGCUAGUUUUGCUGGCACGCGCGGCGGUGCACCCUCAGUGCCCUCUCGCUCACGCUCCAGUUCCGCGGGCUCCGUCAGCCCGCCGCGGCGCACCAUCACGCCUUCGCCCGGCGCGCCUCCCGCCCUCAACGGCGACCGCCUCGCCAACGGCUCCUCGCAGCCCGCACCCCCGCCGAAACCGGCCAAGCCCAGCGUUUUGCCAAAACCGGAGAAACCUGAUAGGCGAUUCAAUAAAGAACUUAUAGAGAAACAAAGAAACUGGACUUCUCAUUUUAGUAAACCGCGUCCGUCGUCGCGGUAUGAGACACAUGAACCUAGUGCGCGAGUGGACUCUAAAUAUCCUAGUGGUGUACCGGAAACAAAGUCACCGGAAGUUGUCGAAAGAAGUGCUAUUCCCUCUCGUGUAUACUCGCCCCCUCUAUCGCCAUGCACCGGGGACUCUCAAGCGCAGCGUCCUACAACUCUCCCUUCUAGUUUAGUUCAUAGAGGUGCGUCAGGUGUGAAAUCUCCUAGUCCGGUGAAAACGAUUGCGCCCGUGUCGCCAUCUACUAUAUCCAAUAAUUUAAUGUCUCCCACCUUUAGAUCAGAUGUAAGAAGUGAUAAUUUAAGUUCUUCCUCUAAAGAAAGUGUUGACGCUGGUUCUCAGCAAAUAGGUUCGUCUGAAAUUGUUCAUCCUAAAACUCGGUCGACGCGAACUUCACUAUCUGCCAGUGAUGAGGCUAUCGCGGAGAAGGAUUCCGCGUCAGACAGAAGUCCUAGUUUGCAAUCUUCUGAUUCGUCAUCGAGGUCCGCCGAGAGAUCGUCCCACUCGCCUUCGAAAUCCGCCGAGAGAUCAUCCCAUUCAACCGUCUCUCCGUCUGCAAGCCCUGCCGCAGUGGCCCCGGCUUAUUCUCCUAGGUAUCCAAAAUCGCCCCCUUCACCACCCAUUCGAUCUCCGAAAUCACCUCCUCCAUUACCACACGAAAAAGCUAAAAUCACAGCGAGUGAUCUAACAGAAAAUCCAGUAUCCGAAGAAAGAGAAGAAUUUAAACAGGAAGAUAGAACUGAUGGAGAAGUUCCUGAUAUAUUAUCACGAGCGCCCCCUUUGCCCAGCCCUAGAUUACCGGUUUCACCUUCCGCUCAAGAAGACGAUGAAAAGUUAAAGUAUGAAAGAGACUCGACCGCUCCACAAAGUCCGGAACCCUACGAUAAUGUAGCAGAUUCACCAAAGUUACUUAAUAAAAGCGUGGACGAGGAUGGUUACGAGCACAUAGAGUACAGGGACGAGAAGAGCAACCGGCGCUCGUCGACGCCGGAGUCGCCGGCGGGCGCUCCCCCCGCGAGCGCGCCGCGCUCCCCGCUGGCAUCGCCGCUCGCCUCGCCGGUGCAUCGGGAGUACUCCUCGCCCACCGUGUUGUCAUCACCCGUACCUCUUCAGCAAAAACAAUCGUUGGCGAACAACAUCGAUGUUUUGAUCGGUAACGGCAGUUUUCGGUCGACCCUCACGUACGUCAUCCGCAAGAGACACACGGCCACGUUGAAAUUCCGAAUACCACCUUGCAGCGACUUAGCCAAAAUACGGCGUUUAGAGUUGAAAGUGCGCGUGAGUGUGCACGGCUUGGCUAGAGACCGCAAGACAUGGCGCAGUGAUGUUGCGGGCGGCGCGCGCGCUCGUCGCAUGCGCCUCAAUAUGCGCCUAUGCGGCUGCUGCCUCGCGGUCGGAGAUCGCAAGUCAUCGGAGGCGGAGGAAAGCGUGCGGCGCGGCGGGUCGCGCGCGUCCAGCGUGUCCGACGAGGGCGGGUUCAACGAGCCCUCACCGGAGGUGGUGGCGCGCCUGCGCCCCGCCGACUACCGCGACCCGGCCGCGCCCGCGCCCGCGCCGCUCACCAGCGACCACCGCGACGCCGAGCGCGCGCGCUCCGACCCCGACACGCUGUCCGUGCUGCAGCAGGAUUCGGGUGUAGUAGUGAGUGAAGCUAGUCAAGGCUCCAUAGAGGUGCUCGACAAAUCGACCACUAGCCAAUGGAGCGUAUCGGAAGCGGAGCCGUCUGGCGACCGCGUCGCUGAGACGGGCGCGGAAGCAGACGGCCGAUGGGACGACCCCGACGCGGCCAAGCAGCCCGACAGUAUGACGCCCGACGAGGCUGAAAUCUUGCUUAGCUCUAGUAUUCUGGAGAAAAAACUUAGACAAGAGGCGCUGCUGUCGGACGAGCAGGCGCAGGAGAUCGUGGCGAUGCUGUCGCCGCACCCGCCGCAGGACAACGGCGUCUCGCUCAACGACAGCUACCAGUCCGUGCUCUCCUACGAGAGCAUGCAGUCAGUGGACGAGAGCUACGAGUUCGUGUCGCUAGAGGGCGAGGCGGCGCUAGCCGGUGGCGACCGCAAGACCUCCCCGCCGGAGCCCACCGUGUUCGACCACUACCCGCCGCAGUCGCUGCGCGAGCUCGGCGAGGAGAACGGCAUACACUACUUCGAGGACGGACACUUUUAUACCGAGGUGAGGCAUCUACUAAGGUAUUGCAGCAUGCAGUCAGUGGACGAGAGCUACGAGUUCGUGUCGCUAGAGGGCGAGGCAGCGCUAGCGGGCGGCGACCGCAACACCUCCCCGCCGGAGCCCACCGUGUUCGACCACUACCCGCCGCAGUCGCUGCGCGAGCUCGGCGAGGAGAACGGCAUACACUACUUCGAGGACGGACACUUUUAUACCGAGGUGAGGCAUCUACUAAGGUAUUGCAGCAUGCAGUCAGUGGACGAGAGCUACGAGUUCGUGUCGCUAGAGGGCGAGGCGGCGCUAGCCGGUGGCGACCGCAAGACCUCCCCGCCGGAGCCCACCGUGUUCGACCACUACCCGCCGCAGUCGCUGCGCGAGCUCGGUGAGGAGAACGGCAUACACUACUUCGAGGACGGACACUUUUAUACCGAGGUGAGGCAUCUACUAAGGUAUUGCAGCAUGCAGUCAGUGGACGAGAGCUACGAGUUCGUGUCGCUAGAGGGCGAGGCAGCGCUAGCGGGCGGCGACCGCAACACCUCCCCGCCGGAGCCCACCGUGUUCGACCACUACCCGCCGCAGUCGCUGCGCGAGCUCGGCGAGGAGAACGGCAUACACUACUUCGAGGACGGACACUUUUAUACCGAGGUGAGGCAUCUACUAAGGUAUUGCAGCAUGCAGUCAGUGGACGAGAGCUACGAGUUCGUGUCGCUAGAGGGCGAGGCAGCGCUAGCGGGCGGCGACCGCAACACCUCCCCGCCGGAGCCCACCGUGUUCGACCACUACCCGCCGCAGUCGCUGCGCGAGCUCGGCGAGGAGAACGGCAUACACUACUUCGAGGACGGACACUUUUAUACCGAGGUGAGGCAUCUACUAAGGUAUUGCAGCAUGCAGUCAGUGGACGAGAGCUACGAGUUCGUGUCGCUAGAGGGCGAGGCAGCGCUAGCGGGCGGCGACCGCAACACCUCCCCGCCGGAGCCCACCGUGUUCGACCACUACCCGCCGCAGUCGCUGCGCGAGCUCGGCGAGGAGAACGGCAUACACUACUUCGAGGACGGACACUUUUAUACCGAGGUGAGGCAUCUACUAAGGUAUUGCAGCAUGCAGUCAGUGGACGAGAGCUACGAGUUCGUGUCGCUAGAGGGCGAGGCGGCGCUAGCCGGUGGCGACCGCAAGACCUCCCCGCCGGAGCCCACCGUGUUCGACCACUACCCGCCGCAGUCGCUGCGCGAGCUAGGCGAGGAGAACGGCAUACACUACUUCGGGGACGGACACUUUUAUACCGAGGUGGCUGGUCUUCCGCCUAUCGAAGAGGAUGAGGACGAAUACUACACACCGCCUGUAUUCGUUAAGAUGAAUAGAAAAGUUAAAUUCAGUACGAACCCGAUGCAAGUGUUCUCGACGCACUCGGUGCGCGAGUACGACCGGCGUAACGAGGACGUGGACCCGGUAGCCGCGUCCGCCGAGUACGAGCUCGAGAAGCGGGUCGAGAAGAUGCACGUGUUCCCGGUCGACCUGCUCAAGGGGGCCGACGGGCUGGGCCUCUCAAUCAUUGGAAUGGGUGUCGGCGCCGAUGCGGGCUUAGAAAAAUUGGGCAUAUUCGUUAAAACUAUCACUGAGAGCGGAGCAGCCGCGCGCGACGGACGCAUACAGGUCAACGACCAGAUCAUCGAGGUCGACGGCAAGAGUCUGGUAGGUGUCACUCAAGCCUACGCCGCGUCAGUGCUACGAAAUACGUCCGGACCAGUGAAGUUCCUCAUCGGUCGCGAAAAGGACCCCGAAAACAGCGAAGUGGCCCAUCUGAUACGGCAGUCUUUGGCAGCCGAUAAAGAGAGGGAGGACAGGGCGGUGCGCGAGCGCUCGCGGCGGCAGGCGGAGCGCGCGUCGCCGCCGCCCGCGCCCGCCGAGCCGGCCGCGCCCGGCACCGCGAUCCCCGAGGUGGCCGAGCUGCGCGCCUUGCUGCACGAGGUGGUGGGCAUGGAGGCGGGCGGCGCGCCGGCGGCGGAGGUGGUGUCGCGCGUGCGCGAGUGGUGCGCGGCGCGCGCGCCCAGCGACGCGCUGCGCGACGACCUCGCGCGGGCCGCCGACACCGCGCACCAGGCGCAGCGCAAGUACGACAAGGCCCGGCGCGCGCUCCGCGAGUGGCGGCGCACUCGCGCCAUGGUGCGCGCGCGCGAGGAGUGGUGGAGCAGCAACGCGCGCGACGCGCACCGCGAGUACGCGUGCGCGCUCUCCGUGCUGCACGAGCGCGUCGCGCGGCUCGAGGUGCUGCUGCUGGAAACGCAGAAGAAAGCCGGGCUACCGGUGAUGCUGCCGCACGAGCCGUCCGCGCGCCGGGAGACGCCGCCACUACCGCGCCGACCCGACCCCGACCCUCUGCUCAUCAACGACCCCUGGAGCUCGGACAGCGACCUGUCCGACUUGUCGCCCAUAGAGGACGAGUACGCCAAGGUGGACAAGUCCGCGCGGCGGGAGCGCGAGGCACGCGAGCGGGAAGCGCCGGACAUCGGUGACGUCACCGUCUCCGAACCUGAGGCUAAGGUCGUGGACGCUCGGCCUGUGAACAGCGUGGCCCCCACAGUGCAGCCCGCAGUCCCGGCGCCCGUGCCGAUCUACGCCACGCCGCCGCACAUGACGCCGCCCGCGCACCAAGCCCCGCCCGUCACCGCCGCGGACACCACCGUGGCCCCCACAGUGCAGCCCGCAGUCCCGGCGCCCGUGCCGAUCUACGCCACGCCGCCGCACAUGACGCCGCCCGCGCACCAAGCCCCGCCCGUCACCGCCGCGGACACCACCGUGGCCCCCACAGUGCAGCCCGCAGUCCCGGCGCCCGUGCCGAUCUACGCCACGCCGCCGCACAUGACGCCGCCCGCGCACCAAGCCCCGCCCGUCACCGCCGCGGACACCACCGUGGCCCCCACAGUGCAGCCCGCAGUCCCGGCGCCCGUGCCGAUCUACGCCACGCCGCCGCACAUGACGCCGCCCGCGCACCAAGCCCCGCCCGUCACCGCCGCGGACACCACCGUGGCCCCCACAGUGCAGCCCGCAGUCCCGGCGCCCGUGCCGAUCUACGCCACGCCGCCGCACAUGACGCCGCCCGCGCACCAAGCCCCGCCCGUCACCGCCGCGGACACCACCGUGGCCCCCACAGUGCAGCCCGCAGUCCCGGCGCCCGUGCCGAUCUACGCCACGCCGCCGCACAUGACGCCGCCCGCGCACCAAGCCCCGCCCGUCACCGCCGCGGACACCACCGUGGCCCCCACAGUGCAGCCCGCAGUCCCGGCGCCCGUGCCGAUCUACGCCACGCCGCCGCACAUGACGCCGCCCGCGCACCAAGCCCCGCCCGUCACCGCCGCGGACACCACCGUGGCCCCCACAGUGCAGCCCGCAGUCCCGGCGCCCGUGCCGAUCUACGCCACGCCGCCGCACAUGACGCCGCCCGCGCACCAAGCCCCGCCCGUCACCGCCGCGGACACCACCGUGGCCCCCACAGUGCAGCCCGCAGUCCCGGCGCCCGUGCCGAUCUACGCCACGCCGCCGCACAUGACGCCGCCCGCGCACCAAGCCCCGCCCGUCACCGCCGCGGACACCACCGUGGCCCCCACAGUGCAGCCCGCAGUCCCGGCGCCCGUGCCGAUCUACGCCACGCCGCCGCACAUGACGCCGCCCGCGCACCAAGCCCCGCCCGUCACCGCCGCGGACACCACCGUGGCCCCCACAGUGCAGCCCGCAGUCCCGGCGCCCGUGCCGAUCUACGCCACGCCGCCGCACAUGACGCCGCCCGCGCACCAAGCCCCGCCCGUCACCGCCGCGGACACCACCGUGGCCCCCACAGUGCAGCCCGCAGUCCCGGCGCCCGUGCCGAUCUACGCCACGCCGCCGCACAUGACGCCGCCCGCGCACCAAGCCCCGCCCGUCACCGCCGCGGACACCACCGUGGCCCCCACAGUGCAGCCCGCAGUCCCGGCGCCCGUGCCGAUCUACGCCACGCCGCCGCACAUGACGCCGCCCGCGCACCAAGCCCCGCCCGUCACCGCCGCGGACACCACCGUGGCCCCCACAGUGCAGCCCGCAGUCCCGGCGCCCGUGCCGAUCUACGCCACGCCGCCGCACAUGACGCCGCCCGCGCACCAAGCCCCGCCCGUCACCGCCGCGGACACCACCGUGGCCCCCACAGUGCAGCCCGCAGUCCCGGCGCCCGUGCCGAUCUACGCCACGCCGCCGCACAUGACGCCGCCCGCGCACCAAGCGCCGCCCGUCACCGCCGCGGACACCACCGUGGCCCCCACAGUGCAGCCCGCAGUCCCGGCGCCCGUGCCGAUCUACGCCACGCCGCCGCACAUGACGCCGCCCGCGCACCAAGCCCCGCCCGUCACCGCCGCGGACACCACCGUGGCCCCCACAGUGCAGCCCGCAGUCCCGGCGCCCGUGCCGAUCUACGCCACGCCGCCGCACAUGACGCCGCCCGCGCACCAAGCGCCGCCUGUCACCGCCGCGGACACCACCGUGGCCCCCACAGUGCAGCCCGCAGUCCCGGCGCCCGUGCCGAUCUACGCCACGCCGCCGCACAUGACGCCGCCCGCGCACCAAGCCCCGCCCGUCACCGCCGCGGACACCACCGUGGCCCCCACAGUGCAGCCCGCAGUCCCGGCGCCCGUGCCGAUCUACGCCACGCCGCCGCACAUGACGCCGCCCGCGCACCAAGCGCCGCCCGUCACCGCCGCGGACACCACCGUGGCCCCCACAGUGCAGCCCGCAGUCCCGGCGCCCGUGCCGAUCUACGCCACGCCGCCGCACAUGACGCCGCCCGCGCACCAAGCCCCGCCCGUCACCGCCGCGGACACCACCGUGGCCCCCACAGUGCAGCCCGCAGUCCCGGCGCCCGUGCCGAUCUACGCCACGCCGCCGCACAUGACGCCGCCCGCGCACCAAGCGCCGCCCGUCACCGCCGCGGACACCACCGUGGCCCCCACAGUGCAGCCCGCAGUCCCGGCGCCCGUGCCGAUCUACGCCACGCCGCCGCACAUGACGCCGCCCGCGCACCAAGCCCCGCCCGUCACCGCCGCGGACACCACCGUGGCCCCCACAGUGCAGCCCGCAGUCCCGGCGCCCGUGCCGAUCUACGCCACGCCGCCGCACAUGACGCCGCCCGCGCACCAAGCCCCGCCCGUCACCGCCGCGGACACCACCGUGGCCCCCACAGUGCAGCCCGCAGUCCCGGCGCCCGUGCCGAUCUACGCCACGCCGCCGCACAUGACGCCGCCCGCGCACCAAGCCCCGCCCGUCACCGCCGCGGACACCACCGUGGCCCCCACAGUGCAGCCCGCAGUCCCGGCGCCCGUGCCGAUCUACGCCACGCCGCCGCACAUGACGCCGCCCGCGCACCAAGCCCCGCCCGUCACCGCCGCGGACACCACCGUGGCCCCCACAGUGCAGCCCGCAGUCCCGGCGCCCGUGCCGAUCUACGCCACGCCGCCGCACAUGACGCCGCCCGCGCACCAAGCCCCGCCCGUCACCGCCGCGGACACCACCGUGGCCCCCACAGUGCAGCCCGCAGUCCCGGCGCCCGUGCCGAUCUACGCCACGCCGCCGCACAUGACGCCGCCCGCGCACCAAGCCCCGCCCGUCACCGCCGCGGACACCACCGUGGCCCCCACAGUGCAGCCCGCAGUCCCGGCGCCCGUGCCGAUCUACGCCACGCCGCCGCACAUGACGCCGCCCGCGCACCAAGCCCCGCCCGUCACCGCCGCGGACACCACCGUGGCCCCCACAGUGCAGCCCGCAGUCCCGGCGCCCGUGCCGAUCUACGCCACGCCGCCGCACAUGACGCCGCCCGCGCACCAAGCCCCGCCCGUCACCGCCGCGGACACCACCGUGGCCCCCACAGUGCAGCCCGCAGUCCCGGCGCCCGUGCCGAUCUACGCCACGCCGCCGCACAUGACGCCGCCCGCGCACCAAGCCCCGCCCGUCACCGCCGCGGACACCACCGUGGCCCCCACAGUGCAGCCCGCAGUCCCGGCGCCCGUGCCGAUCUACGCCACGCCGCCGCACAUGACGCCGCCCGCGCACCAAGCCCCGCCCGUCACCGCCGCGGACACCACCGUGGCCCCCACAGUGCAGCCCGCAGUCCCGGCGCCCGUGCCGAUCUACGCCACGCCGCCGCACAUGACGCCGCCCGCGCACCAAGCCCCGCCCGUCACCGCCGCGGACACCACCGUGGCCCCCACAGUGCAGCCCGCAGUCCCGGCGCCCGUGCCGAUCUACGCCACGCCGCCGCACAUGGCGCCGCCCGCGCACCAAGCCCCGCCCGUCACCGCCGCGGACACCACCGUGGCCCCCACAGUGCAGCCCGCAGUCCCGGCGCCCGUGCCGAUCUACGCCACGCCGCCGCACAUGACGCCGCCCGCGCACCAAGCCCCGCCCGUCACCGCCGCGGACACCACCGUGGCCCCCACAGUGCAGCCCGCAGUCCCGGCGCCCGUGCCGAUCUACGCCACGCCGCCGCACAUGACGCCGCCCGCGCACCAAGCCCCGCCCGUCACCGCCGCGGACACCACCGCGCCCACAGCAGCUGCGCCGACAGCGGUGGCGACGGUCGGCGCGUCGCUGGAGUUGGACGCGGCCGUGCCGCGCGGCGGGCCGCUGCUGGACACGUCGGCGCACCGCGCGCGCACCGACCUGGCGCGCCACCGCCACCACGCGCCGCACUCGCCGCACUCGCUCAGCAACGCCAGCUCCUAUGACGGAUUAGACGACUCAUAUAACGACUCCGCGGACGAAUCUCUAAGCGAAUCCACAUCGGGAGCGCCUACACACACAGGAGCACCCUCUCAGCGAGAGAGGCAAAGCUGUGGCAGCUCUGUGGGGAGUGCGACUGACGACGCGGUGUAUUCAAGAGACCACCGGCAUCCCCAACUUACAGGUCCGGCCGCGUCGCUGGCGGAGCAGCUGAAGCAGGUGCUGGCGGAGCGCGAGCGGCGGCUCGCCACGGCGGGCCCCGCGCCGCCGCCCGACCCCGUGCAGCUCACCAACGACCUCGUCGACGAGAUCCGCCAGGCCGUCAGCGAGGCCAACGCCAGAGUGAAGAAAGCUCCGGCUUGCGUAGUCGGCGGCGAGGUGCCGUGGCAGCCGCUGUCCAGCGCCGUGUCCGAGGCGAGCCUGUCGCCCGCGCCGCUGUCGCCGCACCCCAUCCCGCACUGGAGCAAGCAGCAGGUAUGGCAGUGGGUAUCGGGUCUAGGCGAGGGUCUGGAGCGGCACGCGAGCGCGUUCGCGGCGCGCGGCGUGGACGGCGCGCUGCUGCUGGCGCUCAGCUCCGCCGACCUGAAGCUGCUCGGGCUCGGCGGCGACGACCGCCGCCGCAUGAAGCGCCGCCUCAAGGAGCUGCGUCAAGUGCACGAGAAACACCUCAAGGCCCUCAAAAAGGCGGAGAAGAAAGCCAAGAAGAAAUAGGCCAGUCGUCCAGGGUCAGUCGCGUACACGCUUUAACACUCGUCUUCUGUAAUGGUCGCAUUUAUUGCGAGACACACUAAAGAAGUAUUUGUCUCUUCCUCACAUGGAUGCUUUAUCUUUAAUGAUUUGUAAUA